AUGAUUAUUUUUAUAUUUUUAUUAUUACUAUCAAAUAUUAAAUUAUCAAUAUCAACAUACAUACCAAUUGAUUGUGUCUUUAAAACACCAUUUAAUAAUGCAAUUUACAAUCUUUCAGAAAUAUCAGUGGCGAAUGGUGGUUAUCAAAUUUCAUCUGAUAAAAUAAAGUAUUUAUUUAAUAUUUGCGGUAUAAUUGAUUUAUGCCCAUUCAAUAAUUCUCAAUCAUGUCAAAUCAAUAGUAAUGAUAAUAGUGAUGAGUUUACAAAUUUUCAAAUUGGAAAUUAUAAUUAUGGUAUAUUUGAAAUGACAAAUGAAAUAAAUGAUCCAUUAACAUUAAAGUAUAGAACAUCAAUAUCAUUAGAAGAUAAAGAUUAUCAAUUUAAUAAUUCGAUAGAUCAAUGUUCAAAUAGAGUAUCAAUAUUUAAAUUUAAAUGUAUUGAAGCAACAUCAUCUAGUAUCUUUUAUAAAUUAUAUGCGUCACAACCAAUUGAAAAUAAAUCAACUUGUUCAUUCACUUUUAAUAUUGAAUCACCAUUUUCAUGUAUUUCAAAAGGUAUUUACUUUCCAACAAUAAUUGAAAAUAAUCAACAACAAAAUGAAAUUAUUGAAUUUGAUGGUGGUAAUGAAAUUAAAAUUUUUUAUAGUUUUGGUAAUGAAAUUAUAGAUGAAAAUUUUGAAAUUUCAUUUUAUUUAAAAUCAAAAUCAAAUUUAAAAUAUUUUAAAUUUGGAAAUGAAAAUUUAAAACAAAUUUAUAAUUCAAAUAGUAGAAGUAUAACUUUUAAAUUAACAAUACCAAAAUCAUUAAAUAGUUUAAUCAAUUUAUCAAAUGAUAGAGAAGGUUAUUUAAUUUCAGUAAAUACAACUGAUAAAACCACUUUUAAUAAUAAUAAUAAUAAUAAUAAUAAUAAUAAUAAUAAUAUUAAUAAUGAUAAUGAUAUUAUAAUUGAUGAAAAGAAUAUUAUUAAAAAAGUUUUAUUUAGAAUUCCAAAACCAACUAUUGAAACAAUUACUCAAGUUGAUUUAUAUUCAAGUAGUGGUGUUUCAAAAGUAACAAUAUCAGGUAACCAUUUUAAUAUAGAUUUAAAUAGUAAUGAUAUUAAAGUUAUAUUAUUAAAUCAAAAUUGUCCAAAUGUUAAACUAUUAAGUGAUAAAAAAUUAACAUGUGAUUUAAAUGUUAAUUAUAUUAGAAAUUCAUAUUUAUCAUCAACACUAACCUAUAUUAGAAUUGGUAAUGUAACAAGUGAUUCAUUAAAUAAUUUAUUCCCAUUUUUACCAUCUUGGAAAAAAUGUCCAUCAAAAAGUUGGUUCAAUAAUAAUAAUUAUCAAUUAAAUGGUAAUAAUGAUUGUAGUGGUAAUGGAAUUUGUGAUUCUUCAUUGAAUUGUAUUUGUAAUAAAGGUUAUACAUCAUAUGAUUGUUCAAUUAAAUUUGUUGAUUUAGAAAGUACUACAAUAAUAAAACCAGAAACAAAUGAUUUUAAUUCAUUUAAAUUGACAUUAAAUAAAAAUAAUGGUUAUAUUAUUUCAGUUUCACAUAUUAGAAUUUUAAAUUCAUUAGGAUUUCAAUCAUUAACAAUACCAAUUUCAUCUUUAACAAAUAAAAAUCAAAUUAAAAAUGAAAAUGGUUUUGAAUUUAGUGGUACAAAUGAUGAUAAUAUAUUUUCAAAAUUUUCAAUUAAAUCAAAUUAUAUUUAUAAUCAAACGACAACAACGACAACAAAUUCAUUUUAUGAUUAUUAUGGUACAAAUUUACCAAUAUCAAAUAAUUCUGUAAUUGUUUCAUUAGAAAUUAAUAAUUUAAUAAAAUCUUUAAUAUCAACAACUGUUGGAGGUGAUGGAAAUGAUAUGAUUGAAUUUCUAUUUCAAAUUAAAUCAAUUGAUAGUAGAAAAGAAAUUGAAUCGGAAAUAGUUGAUAAUGGUUACAUUUUAAUUAGAGAAAAGGAUGAAUCAAAUUACCUAUUAUUUACAUUGGCAAAUAAAUUUAAAUUUUCAAAUUCAUUUGAAUUAACAAAUUUAGUUGCAACAUCAACUCUAUUAGAGAAUCAACAAAAACCAAUAAUUAAUAAUAAUACAGCAUUCAUUUCAAUUAAAAUUCCAUUUAAAAAUAUUAGUAAUUCAAAUUCAUUUGAAAUUGGUUCAUCCUUUGUUUUACAUUCAAAUACUGAUUCUAUAAAUCGUAAUUCAAUAACCAAUGAUCAAGAUUCUUCAAAAUGGAAAUAUUAUUUCAUUGGUGCUUGUGGUGUAUUAGGUAUUGUUAUAUUAUUAGGUUCAUUAAUUUUCAUUCACCAACGUAAUAAAGUUGAAAGAACAAUUGCAAAUAUAAAUUUAGCAUUAAGAAAAUCUUCAAGAGAUGUAAUGGUAAUAAAUCCACUACAACAACAACAAAAUCAAAAACAACAACAAAAUCAACAUAAUAAUAAUAAUAAUAAUAAUGAUGAUGAUGAUAAUAAUAAUAAUAAAUCACAUGAAAGAAUAUAUUUAGGUGAAAAUCCAAUGACUUCAAGUAUUACCUUAUCACCAGAUUAUAAUUAUAAUGAUAUUGUUGAUAACUAUAGAACAACAAGAAAUGAUUCAUCACCAGUACAACCAAUGCCACAAUCACCACCACGUUAUAAUACUGUAGUUGAUAAUCCAAAUAAUUCAAUGCCAAAUAUAGAAAUCAUAUCAAAACCAAGAUCCCAUUCAACCUCUGUACCUUCGACUUCAACAACUUCAACUAGGGAUAAUAUUGAAAUUGAAAGAAAUAAUAAUAAUUUAGAAAUAAAAGAUAAUCCAAUACAAACCAAAAAUGAAGAGGAAGAAGAAGAAUUGGAUGAUAGAUACAAUGGAAUGAAAUUUAAUACUAUUAAAGUUGGUGAAGGUUGUAAAACACAAUAA